AACCGCCGCACCUCCAGCAGAAGUCACAACACAACUUGAGACGAAAUCAGCAGCUUCAUCCUCUGAGGACCAACAACCAUCAACCUAAAGAAAAUGGACCCUUGCGAGUGCACCAAGACUGGAUCCUGCAACUGCGGAGGAUCCUGCACAUGCAAGAACUGCUCCUGCACCAGCUGCAAGAAGAGCUGCUGCUCCUGCUGCCCAUCAGGCUGCAGCAAAUGCGCCUCCGGCUGCGUCUGCAAAGGGAAGACCUGCGACACGAGCUGCUGUCAGUGAGGAGCCUGCAGCUGCAGCGCCAUUCCCUCGUCCUGCACCUUGUGAUGAAUCCUGUGAUCUACUGAAUGAUUAAAUAUGCUGAUCUCUACAUGAUAAUCUCUUUUGUACUUGUCUUUAAUGUUAAAAAAUAAAUCUUGAUUAAUGGAA